AUGAAACAAGACCUUUUAUCAAUUUCGCUUUCAUUAAUAAUGGCCGAAUACUUAGCAUACGAUCUCAAAGAAGUAUUAAUCAAAGAAGACGAAAUCGGUGUAGAAGGCAGCGAAAUGCAAAUUAUCAAUUCAUAA